AUGGAGGAACGAAAAGUUCUGAACUUGAUUUAUGAUUAUUUUGAAAAAAAUAAAUUCUUUAAAAGUUCUAAAACUCUUGUAGAGGAAAGUGGAAUACCGAUCAACAAGGAUAUAAUAAAUAGCACCUUUCCUUUGCAGCAUGUGCUAGACGAAUAUGAAAAUUCCAGUCGAAUCAAUAUUUCUCUCCCAAACGCUUUGCUGUUACCAGGAGAUAACACCUACAUUAACAAGGCUUCUAUGUCUUUAAAUUACAUAACUGAAGGUGAAAACAUUCUCUCAACAAAUUUCUCAGACGAUAGAGAUCUUAUUCUAGGCACUGCUAAAGGAAAGACAAUUCUCAUAAAAAUUCCAGAAUGCAUUGACGGUAUCAAGGAAGAACAGCUUAUAUUAAAUGCUAAUACAUACCACAACCAUAAAGGUGGAGUCUUGGAUGUAGACAUCAAUCCGUGUCGUAGGUUGACGCGAUGUAUCAAUAUGAAUGCUAUUGGUGACAAUUUCGUAAGCUUCACAGCUAUGGACAUAUGUGUGAGCCCAGAUAAUAAUUUUGUAACUGUAGCAACUGACACCAGUCGCAUCAUUUUAUAUGAAAUUAAAACUGGACAGCAGCUAUUAAAUUUCUAUGGAGCAACGAAUGACGGUUUUAGUCAACCCAGACACUGUUGGCACCCGGAUGGUCACUACUUGUAUAGUACAUCUCAGGAUAAUUGUAUCUAUGUCUGGGAAAUAUCUACUCAACAAAUAGUAUCGAAGUUGAAAGUACACACUAACGUAGUGCGUCAUAUAUCUAUCAGUGACAAACUAAAAAUUCUAGUUUCUGGAGGUUACGACGCUACCGCAGUGUUAUGGAAACGUGUCUGA